AUGAGCGAGGGAAUCCCUCCCAAGGCGAUCAAGCACAACCAGAAGCUCAUUAACAACCAUUUCCGCAAGGAUUGGCAGCGCCGGGUUCGAACCCACUUCGACCAGCCCGGUGCCAAGUCGCGGAGACGCACUGCUCGUCAGGUCAAGGCCGCCGCUCUGGCUCCUCGCCCUGUCGACAAGCUCCGACCCGUUGUGCGAUGCCCUACUCUUAAGUACAACCGACGAGUCCGUGCCGGCCGCGGUUUCACCCUGGCUGAGCUCAAGGAGGCUGGUAUCCCCAAGGCCUUUGCUCCCACCAUCGGCAUCUCCGUCGACUCCCGCCGCCAGAACCUGAGCGAGGAGUCCCUGGCCACCAACGUUGCCCGCCUCAAGGCCUACCAGGAGCGCCUGAUCCUCCUCCCCCGCCGAUCCAACGCCCCCAAGAAGGGAGACACCAAGACCGACGUCUCCGCUAUCGAGAAGGCUUCCCUCCUCUCCGCUGCCUUCCCUAUUGCUCCCACCGACAUCGCUUUCAAGGAGAUCAAGAAGAGCGAGAUGCCCGCCGCCAUCGAGGCCGGUGCUUACCGAACCCUGCGUGUCGCCCGCAGCAACGCCCGAUACCAGGGUGCUCGGGAGAAGCGUGUGCGGGAUGCGGCCGAUGCCGAGGCUGCCAAGAAAUAA